UCUUAUCCUAGGGAUCUGUUGUGGGAUGAUUGACCCCAAUAAUCCCAGGAGAGGGGGUGGAGCCCGAGUGACAGGACAAGACUAAAAUUGUAACCACACCCCCACCCCCUAAGAUAAAAAGCCUGGCAGUAAGCCACACUAAUCAGAAAGGAGAUGGAGGGAACAAACUACAUGUCACAAACCCAAGAAGACCCAGAUUACGAUGAUGGAAGAUCCRACCCCUACGAAAAUCCCCUCCCCAAAAGAAGCUGCGGCAGCAGCUGUAAGAAGAAGCCAUGUGUUGGGAUUGGCCUAAGGCUUUUAGCUUUAUUUCUUGCCGUCGCUUUAAUUUUGUCAAUUUUGUAUCAAGUGGGAUACCGGCCAUGGGAAACCACUCAUGCCAAAGUAUUUCACGCUAACACAAAAUAUGGAAACUUGACAUGCUGGAGUGUCAGCGCCCUAAACCUGUUCCUACCUUGGGAGGAGAACAAACCAACAGAACUGAUUUUUGGAACAGAGUGAAAAGAAUGGGUUAUGAAGCAUGGAAAGACAACCUGGAUGAUUGGGAUGCCUGGAAAAGCGAAUUGGCCCAACAGAACUUCACGGAGGACCACAAUUGGACAGUCUCAAACAUACUAGCCACAAAAGAUGGACUGGUUGUAUGGGUUAAAAUGCUAGAAGAACAUGAAACCAAGGCAACAAAGUGUAACUGGGUACAGCUGGAAGGAGAACCACCCGAGUGGCAUUGUGACUGGGGAUGCAGGCCUCUGUUGGGCUUAGCAUACCAAGGAUACUGGCAGUAUGAAGUAAUAUUCCCAGCACCUCAAAAACACAUAUAUUGCUCDGCCAUAUUUCCCAAAUGGGAAUUUUGGGGACACUAUGAUCUCAAAUGUGACAAAAUUCUGGUAAUGAACCGAACCAGAACUAAACCAGCAAGAAAACACCCAACGACCUACAAAAAGAAGGCCAAAGUAGCAACCGUCAAGCACGCCAUUGAUGCAACAUAUAAUGGGACACUCCAUGUUGCUGCCCCGACUGUAAAUCAUGAUCAAAAGCAAAACGCACAACAUGCUCCGGAAGAGUGCUUAACCGACAUCAGACGCCUCGAUCCCUGCAUAUGGAACACAUGGGUGAGGUGUGGGAGCCAAAACUUUCUGCCCCUGGGUCCGGUAUGGUCCCAAUCCUACUAUUACAGRAACUGGAGAGCRAUUUUYAGCCCCCAUAAUGCCUUGCAUGAGGAGUGGCUAAACUACUCCUUCCCGUGGAUAUGGAUUAAAAAGGAUGUUGUGCACUAUCAAGGAGAUUAUCCUGAAGGCGCCGCUAGACAACGACAUGGGCUCAAGGGCCCCUACCAAUCAGACAUGUAUGUCCAGAAACUGCCCACAGUCGAGGAAUUAAGGUCAGUGCCAAAGGGAGACUUCGAAAAAAUCGACAAAUGUGUCGCCAGAAGAAUUUUCCUUAGCCUCAAUGACUCCGAAUGGGAAGGACAUGGAGCCUCCCCUAGAUGCAAACUGUGGCAAGUUGACAUUUCGUUUGUAUCAACAUGGAGGUAUGAUUGCACAGGCAUACUGARACACAACAGCACCAAAGAGUUGCUGCAAGGAUGGGUCGAGGGACACAGCAGAGAUAAAACCCGGACAUGGUGGGGGUUCCAGAGAGAGGAAAUGGAGCACUGGGUGAUCCCUUGCCUGUCCCAGUCCAACAAUUAUUGGGUAAAGUAUCAGUAUGUGGCVACUGUGUACUCAAAAGAACAUGAUAUAUGGUCCUCCUGGCUUUACAGGCCGGACAGAUAUGUCAGUCCAAGGCCUUGGAAGAUGCUCUGUACGGAAAAAGGAACCACUUGUAAAGUAAACUUGGCCCGCAGGUCCUGCAGUGAGUUACCAGA